AUGACAUCAGGGGCCAAGAUCGCCGAGGCCCGCGCGGUGCUCUUGCGGUCCAUUGGCGCGAUCCCGUCGGCGACGACGGCUGUUCUUCUCUCUGGGGGCCUGGAUACAUCGAUCAUCGUGGAUGCUACCUCUGGCCACCGCUUUACGGACGCCAUCACAGUGUCCUGCGGCCCGACGGAUCAACCGGAGCACGACCUCGCCUACGCGACAGCGAUUGCGUCCGCGCAUGGGUUGACGCACCACGUUUUAAGCUAUCCCGACCCCAUGGACCUUAUGCAUGACGAUCCCAACGGCGCUCUGGCGCUCACAAUCCGGAUCUUGGAGACGUUCGACCCCAUGGAUCUGCGUGGUGGUGUCGCCAUCACGAAGGCGCUGCAGCAUGCCAAGGCCAUUGGCAUCACGUCGAUCGUCACGGGCGACGCGGCCGACGAGCUCUUUGCUGGCUACUCGUUUCUUACGUCGCAGCCAGAAGAGAAACUUCUCGCGUGGAUCCAGCGCGCAUCGGCGCACAUGCAGUUUUGCAGCACAGCGAUCGGCGCGGCGCUCGGCAUGACCGUGCACCAGCCCUUUGUCCAUCCCGACGUGAUUGCCUUUGCGCUUACGUGCGAAAAGACGACUUGGUUGGGCCCGACGUCCCUCAUCUUGCGGCAAGCGUUCCCGGAAGCACACUCGUGUUGGCGCACCAAGGUGCCGCUGGAAACAGGCUCGGGCACGACGCCUCUUGCAGCGCUCUUCAAAGAGAGAUGCGACCCAGAUCGCUUUGAGGUCAAGAAGCGCGCUGUGUUUCUGGACGAUGGCAUCGUGCUCCGAGACCCCGAGCAUUUGCACUACUACACGAUCUUCAAGCGCAUCUUUUAUGAAAAAGGUCCGAGCUCCGUCGAGCCACGACUGGCACCCAGCACCGCGCAAGCCCACCGAGGUGCUUCGCCCGGUCGCUGGACGUGUGCGGUGAAGCGCUUUGACUCGGACCCUUGCAUUCAGUGCGGCUUCCAACUCGAGCGCCCUGAACAGUACUUUUGCAAGACGUGCGGCGCGUGGCCAGCACGCGCGUCGGGGCCGCCGAGCUAA